AUGGCCUCCUGCGACGGCGACUUCGGCCUCCUCGGUGACGACGCCCACCCCGCUCCCCAGCCUUCCGCCCAGCCGGCCCCGCCGCAGCAGGCCCAGGGCUUCUGCUUCGUCGAAGCCUCGGCCGCGGGCUCCGGCGCCGGCCCCUUCGCGCCGGCCCGGGAGGAGGGCAACCACAGCUCCGACCGCGGGAAGGCGUCGCACCACACCAAGCGGCGGAGGGACCGCCCGGAGGAGUUCAGCGAUGGGGGCGAGUACUGCUCCUACAUCAGCGGCGGCAGCGGCGGGGGGAGGAAGGGCCGUGGCGGCGGCGUCUCGUCGGACUACCGGAAGGAUCGGGAGGAGUGGACGGACGGUGCCAUCAGCAGCCUCCUCGACGCAUACAUGGACCGGUUCGAGCAGCUCAACCGAGGGAAUCUCCGGGGGCGGGACUGGGAGGACGUCGCCGCUGCCGUGACCGACGGGCAAGGCAAGAGCAGCGGGGGCAAGAGCGUGGAGCAGUGUAAGAAUAAGAUCGACAACCUCAAGAAGCGGUACAAGGUAGAGUGCCAACGCAUCGCCGGCUCCGCCUCGGUCAGCCUCUGGCCCUGGUACAAGCAGAUGGAGCAGAUUAUGGGCAACUCCCCAUCGCCCGGCACCCCCAAGCCGCCGCCGGCCACCAACGACGAGAAGCCGCGGCAACAGCAGCAGCACAGCAACAAGAGGUACCCUUCUUCCGGCACUGGCCACGCUACCACCAUGGUUCCUUAUUCCAGAUCCACUCCUCUCUCGAAUCCGAAAUGGAAACGGGUACUUCUGAAGAUUGGGGGCACUGCAUUGGCUGGAGAAGCUCCUCAUAAUGUUGACCCUAAGGUGAUCAUGCUGAUUGCCAGAGAAGUUCAAGUGGCAUGCCGCCAUGGUGUUGAGGUGGCUAUUCUCAUGGGAGGUCGGAAUGUAUUCUGCGCUGACUCUUGGGUUGCUGCCACAGGCACCGAUAGAGCUUCAACACAUCCGAUUGGAAUGAUGGCAGCAGUGAUGAAUGCAGUAUUGCUCCAAGCGUCACUAGAAAAAAUAGGUGUGGAGACACGAGUCCAGACUGCACUGAUGAUGCAAGAGGUUGCAGAACCAUACAUAAGGCGGCGAGCUAUACGCCAUCUGGAAAAAGGAAGAGUUGUUAUCUUUGGUGGAACUGGUGCUGGUACAGGAAAUCCACUUUUUACAACAGAUACAGCUGCUGCACUGAGAGCUUCUGAAAUCAAUGCAGACGUUGUCCUUAAAGGUGUCAUUGGAGAUGAUGAAUAUGGUUGUCCUCCUAGGAGCAACGGCAGUGCACCAUUUGAGCACAUCUCAUUUAGGGAGUUGGCAGCAAGAGGAACCAGCAAAAUGGACAUGACAGCAAUUACAUGUUGUGAGGAGAACAAUAUUCCUGUUGUCAUCUUUAACAUGUUAGAGCCUGGUAACAUGCCCAGAGCUAUUUGUGGCGACCAAGUAGCGUGCAUCUUCGUUGAUUGCAUGGAUCUUUGUGGAUGGGAGAGAGGGUAA